AUGGCGUCCAAGUACAUCAUCACAGGCUGCACCGUGGCUGACAGCGAUGAGCUGACCAAGAAUAACAUCCCCGCUUUCUGGGCGGAUCCGCACUGGAAUCUCGCCUGGCGCCAUCGGACUCUUGAGUACCACAUCAGCCAGGUCGCCAAGCGCACGCCGCGGAAUCUCAUAAGCGAUCCAGAGACGAAGCGACAGCAGAAGGCCGUGGACCCCGCUAAUGGGCGGAUUGUUGGAUUCGCCCGCUGGAUUCUGCCAGCCUCCCACGCCAAGGACGACAACGGGGCCCCGGCUUGGCUCGAUGCCGUAGUUCCGUCUGUCAGUGUUGAGGAGGAAGCAGAGAUCCGGCGUGUAGCCGCGACGGCCGAUUGGGACCCUAAUGAUGAGUCGGAUGAGCUACUCAUUCCUAUUCGAGAGGCAAAGAACGAAAUACUCGCAAAGAAAGAUUACAUGCGUGCGUUGAAGAUUUUCCUUAAGCUGUCGUCUCUUGCUUAUCAAUUUCUCAUAGGACUGGAUUACCUUGCUGUUCAUCCGGACAACCAGGGUAAGGGGAUAGGCACUGCCUUGGUGCAGAGCGGCAUGGCACGAGCGAAAGAAAUGGGUCUUGACAUCUUUAUCCAUGCCAUGGAAGCCGGAGUAGAUCUCUAUAAGCGUCUUGGGUUCUGUAUCGAAAAGGAAUUUUUCCAAGACGAUACCACAUACGGUGGAAACGGGCAGGUAUAUACAGCCCUCAUGAUAUUCAAGCAAGACUAG